AGGGAAAGCCUCUACGGCCCACACGUCGACGCCAGCCGCUUAGACAAUAUCUUCCGUUCUCCAACAGUUUGCGGAGCCGGCGCUACCCCUGGUCUCGUUAUUCGUCGUCGAUCUUGCCACGGAUCGCUGAUAUAAGAUUAUAGAGGUAGCCCUACGCUCAAGGUUCGCUAUAAAGCCUCGAGCCUCGAGCCUCUAGUGCCAUACUUGCGCAAUACUUCCACCGUCAUCUUAGACCCUGUUUGGGUGAUCCAUCACGCCACUAUGGCAACAAAGUCGUACUCGAAUAUCAACUCAGUCUACACAAUCUCCCCCCACACCUUCGAGAAACGCUCCCGUACCCUUGCUGAAUACCUUAGCGAACCCCGCGGCCAGAUAUUUUUCGAUGCACGACCUUGGAAAACAGAGCGUAUCACCAACGAGGCUAAAGCGCUACAACUACUCGCUGAACGAACAACAAUUCCAAUUCCCCAGCUUAUCCGGUAUGGCCAGAACAAUGAUGGAUCUAUGUUUCUGGAAAUGAGCCGAGUGGACGGCGUUGAUCUACUUUCAGUGGCCUCGGAAUGCCGGAAGCCUGGUGGUGUGAGGCACAACAACGGCGGCGAAUGCAACAAAUGCCUGGAAAUUGCGCAAGCAAAUGCUAUGCACUUUAUCAAGACCGUUCUUCUCCCUGAGCUCGCAAAGCUACGUUCCAACGAAACUGGGCUGGAUGGGUUUGUGAUACCGCCGCCGUGGGUGGUGGAAUCUGUCGACACACGACCGCACUGGGAGGUGAAAACAUCUCUAGAUGAAGAGUUCGUGUUUACCCAUGGCGACUUAAACCCCGGUAGUCUGAUAAUGGACCCGGAUACGCUAACGGUGAAGUCUGUGGUUGAUUGGGAGCAUUCGGGAUAUUUCCCCCCGGGAUUUCAGAAAUGGUCGCUCGAUAUGGAUGCUUAUUAUGCUCUGUUUGAGGACCAGCAAGCAAUUCUCGAGCUCAUUAGGAGUAUCGAACCUUGAAUUAUGCUCGCUGGAAGGAGUAAAAUUAGACUUGCUUCUAUUUAGAUCGGCACAAUUCUCUUUUCAACAUUUUUUGCUAGCAUCAUGACGAGAAUCGGUCGUGCUUGUGUAUUAAGUAGAGAGAACUCAAAACAUGCGUGUCUAACGAAAGACGAAGACUGCCGCUUCUGUAGUCGUUAAAACUCGCUCUCAGCUUCACCUAGCGGCUCACAAGCGCCCCUUCCUCCUAAGAGAC